AUGUUGCUUGACAUACAGCGCAAGUUUUUCUCGCGAUCGGAGCGGGUCAAGUCGGUGGACUUCCAUCCGACGGAGCCCUGGCUUCUCGCGGGUUUGUACGAUGGCACUGUGUUCAUUUGGAACUAUGAGACGGGUGCGGUCGUCAAGACGUUUGAAGUGGCAGAUGUGCCUGUCCGCUGCGUACGCUUCAUAGCGCGCAAGAACUGGUUCCUUGCGGGCUCUGACGACUUUUUUGUGCGCUGCUACAACUACAACACGCACGAGAAGGUGACGUCGUUUGAGGCGCAUCCGGACUAUAUCCGCAGCAUUGCUGUGCAUGCCACGGGCUCGUAUGUGCUUACAGCCGGUGAUGAUAUGACGAUCCGUCUGUGGGACUGGGAGAAGAACUGGCGUCUUGUGCAGACGUUCGAGGGUCACACCCACUUUGUGAUGGACUUGUGCUUCAAUCCGAAGGACUCCAACUCGUUUGCGUCUGCCUCCCUAGAUCGGACUGUCAAGGUGUGGACACUCGGUGCGCCACAGGCCAACUUUACCUUGGAAGCACAUGAGAAAGGUGUGAACUCUGUGAACUACUACCAUGGGGGCGACAAGCCAUACAUGAUUACGACUAGUGACGAUAAGACUGUGCGCAUUUGGGACUACCUGAGCAAGUCGUGUGUGCAGACUCUCACAGGCCAUGCGUCCAAUGUAUCGUUCGCCGUGUUCCAUCCCUCACUGCCGCUUAUCAUCUCGGGCUCCGAGGACGGGUCGGUGAAGUUGUGGCAUGCGAAUACGUACCGUCUAGAGUCGACGUUGGACUAUGGCUUGGAACGUGUGUGGUGCAUUGCGUACAAGAAGAACAGCCACGAUAUUGCGCUGGGUUAUGAUGAAGGUGCUGUGGUUGUCAAGCUCGGGAAGGAAGAUCCAUGCAUUAGUAUGGACCAGAGUGGCAAGGUCGUAUAUGCACGGAAUGCCGAAGUGUUGGGCACAAAUGUCGCGACUCUCACGGAAGAAGAGCUGGUGGAUGGUGAGCGUUUGCGCAUUACCACACGUGAGCUCGGUACGACGGAAGUGUACCCGCAGCUGCUGGAGCACUCGCCCAACGGCCGUUUUGUGACGGUGUGUGGUGACGGUGAGUAUACCAUCUACACAGCGCUGGCAUGGCGUAACAAGGCCUUUGGCGCCGCCCUGGGCUUUGCUUGGGCGUCUGACUCGAACACGUAUGCGAUUCGGGAGGACUCAUCGACGCGUGUGCGCGUGUUUAAAAACUUCAAGGAGCAAAGUGGACUGGUCCUUGUGAACUAUGUGGUGGAAGGCAUUGCUGGCGGCGCUCUACUGGCCGUGAUUGGUGUGGGCUUCGUGUGCUUCUAUGACUGGAGCACAGGUGCGCUGAUCCGCCGUAUCAACGUGGAGGCUCGGCAAGUCAUGUGGUCGCAAACGAAUGAGCUGGUCGUGAUUACGACGGCUGACUCGUUCUACGUCCUUCGAUUCCACCGUGCUGCGUACGAUGCGUACAUGGCAAGUGGCGUGCAAGACGAUAGCGAAGGCUACGAGGAUGCGUUCGAGGUGAUUGCCGAGAUUCACGAGUCUGUGCGCACGGGCCGCUGGACAGGCGAAUGCUUCAUCUACACCAAUGCGGCCAACCGUCUGCAGUACUUUAUUGGCGAGCAGUCGUACACUAUCCGUCCCUGCGACUUUGAGCUGUAUGUACUGGGCUACCUGCCGCAGCUGAGCUGCGUGUUUGCUGCGGAUAAGGAUAUGAAUGUGUACAGCUUUGUGCUGUCGCUUUCUGUGGUAGAGUACCAAACGGCUAUUUUGCAGGGCGACAUGGAGCAUGCCCAUGCACUGCUCCCGAAGGUGCCGCAUCAGCACCGCGGCAAGGUCGCCAAGUUCCUGGAGGCGCAGUCCAUGCCCGAGCUGGCGCUGCAAGUGGCCGUGGAUCCGGACCACAAGUUUGACUUGGCUGUCCAGCUGGGCGAGUUCGAGGUGGCGCUGGAUAUCGCACGCAGCGGUCCUGCAUCCGGCGCGGAGAUGCGUUGGCGCCGGAUUGGCGAUCAAGCGCUGGCACGCUGGAACGUCCCGCUGGCCCAAGAAUGCUUCGAGCAUGCGAACGAUAUCCACUCGCUCUUCCUUAUCGGCACCGCGACGCAAGACGAGGUGCUGUUACGUCACGUGGCGGAAGCCGCCCAGGCCAAGGGCGAGCUGAACCUCGCGAUCACCGCCCUGCUCCAGGUGCAAGACACAGGCGCUGUUGUGGAACUGCUGCGUUCCGCGGACCGUGUGCCAGAGGCUGCAUUGUUUGCACGAACGUAUGCGCCUCACCUCGUUCCCAGCAUCGUGGAUGCGUGGAAGCAGGCGUUUGCGACGCAGCCGAGUGCUAAGCAGCAGGCCAUGGGUGAGCGCAUUGGCCAUCCACACACGAUGCCAUCGUUGUUCCCGGAGGGCGGAUACUAA